AUGAUGUUGAAGUCUUUAGAAACAGCAUUAAUAUGUUCAAUUAGUUUACAAUUAUGUGACGAGCCUAUUUUGCCUGAAGAUGAUCAUAUAUAUGAACGAACAGCUAUUACAGAAGAAAUUAAUCUUAAUGGAAAGGGUCGUCUUACACGAGCACUAUUGAUUAUUGAUCCUCUAUAUCCAAACUUUAUUACAAAAAAAGGAAUUGUUUCAACACUUAUAACCGUACUUGAAAUCCUUCAAAACAGUAGCCCAGCAGCUCAUAUUGAAAAACCCGAUAUGCAUUCAAUGGGUAUGCCGAUAAUUGAAGUGUAUAAUCAAGAAACUUCAAAUGUAUCAGUUACAUGCAUUAGUUCAAGGACUAAUGCUGCUAAUGGUCAACCAUCUGACGUACGUCAGGUUAUGCUCGUCAGUAAUCAAGCUAAAUCAUUAGAAAAAAUUGAAACAUCUAUUAUUUUGAGCAUUUCAUGUAUUCAAGUAUCUGAUAAUGGUUGA